AUGUCAUACUCUGCAAUUGUUUUCGCCUUUGUCGUGGUUAUUACUUGUGCCAGACCCCAGGAGCAACAUGAUCAAGUAGGUCAAAUGGGUGGAAUUGAAGGACAGGCUGGAUUAGGACAACAAGGAGGAGAACAAGGAGGUCAAUUUGGAAUUGGAGGACAAUCUGGAAUGGGUGGACAGCCUGGUAUGGGUGGAGAUCAGAACGGAGGACAAAUGCCUGGACAAUUCGGACAAAAUGGACAAGGAAUGAUUGGUGGCCAGCAAGGGAUGGGAGAAAAUGGACAACCAGGAAUGACAGGAAAUGCUCAGCAACAAGGAAUUUAA